UCCUAAUUUCAAAACUAGGGUUUUAGGGUUUCACUUCACUCUCUGAUUUUCGUUUUCGCUCCACCGCACCCAUGGCGACGAUGAUGCAAAUUCUCCGCCGCAAGAACCCCUUCACUUUCUCUCCUUCCACCGCACCGCUCCGAUUCUCCUCUCAACUUUGCGGAUUCUCAUCGUCUCCUUCUCCUCCCCCGGAGCCCGAGUCUCACACCUCCUGGCGCAAUGCCAAUGUUUCCGUCUGGUGGGAUCUAGAUACCUGCACCGUCCCCGCCGCCGACACCGCCGCCGCGAUCCCAACCACAGUCGAGAAAGCUCUGUUGGCCUACGAGGUUGAGGGUCCUCGUUCCAUCACCGCCUUCGGCGACCUCUCUCGCCUUCCUGGCACCACCCAUGAAGCGCUUUCCACUUCUGGAAUCAAUUUGACCCACCUCUCCAAGGGUUCCUUCGUCGAUAUCGAUUUUUUCAAUUCAAUUUCCAAAUGGGUUCACGUAAACCCUCCACCUGCACAUGUGUUUCUGUUAUCUGGUAAUCAACAAUUUGCUUGCACAUUGUCUAGGUUGAGAUGCAAUUACUACAAUGUCUUGCUUGCAACUCCAACCCCUCUUGCCGAGGCGCCGGAGUAUCUUGCUGGUGCCGCGACGAUGGGGUGGGAGUGGUCUUCAUUGCUCAAGGGUGAAGUCCUUGCAACAAAAAUGAGAGAAGCUCCUGAUAUCACUUCUGAUCAGUAUAGUGAAUAUGUGAUAGACCCUUUUGCAAAUGCUAAGAUGCUAUUUAGGCCUGAUCAUGAAAGGAGGGCUAUAAUCAUGUUGAAACUUCAUGAAAAGAAGAUUAGGAAAUUGUUGAGAUCAUAUAAAAGGCCUGUGUCGUUCGAAGAACUUCGUCGGAAGUUGAUGAAAUAUGAUAUUUAUUUGCAUAAGCUUGGGGAUGGGGACUUUGGUGCUUUCCUAGGAAGAGUUGCUAAUAUUGAAGUUAGCAAUGAAGGAGAAGAUCCUUAUGCAUGUUUUAAACCCUCUGAAGAUGCCUAUGAGUCUGGCAGAUCUGAGUUUGAAGAAUCUGAAGAUGAUAUAGAGGAUUCUGAUGAUGAUGAUUCUGAUGAUUCGGCUGCGGAGGAGUCGAAGUGAUUGACUUUGCUGCUUAUCAAAUUGAAGGAACAAGUGUUUGCAGAAGUAAUGGUAGUGGUAGGUUUGAUAGAUAUCCUCAUUAUGCAAUAUGACCCUUUAGUAUGUAAUGAUGCUAUUGUCUUUUUCCUAAUGUAAUGCAGCUUGAUCUGAUAUCCUACAAUGCUACAUUCAUAGAAGGCAAGAUUGAUCUUCUAUUAAAUA